GUCCCAGCGCGCACCACGCAGGGCCGCGGCUGCGCUGGGUUGUGCGGGCGGCAUGGAGGCGCUCGGGCAGCGGCAUCGCGCUCUCUACAAGGGGGCCGCAGCCCCGCCCUGGAAGGAGACCUACCGCCGGCGCUGUGUGGAGAGACUUAAAAACAGUCGUGCCAAGCUGCUGGAUAGAUACCGCCAGGCUGGGGAGAAUGUGCACUGCCAUGCGCCGGGUGCUCUUCUCGUGCAGGAGGUGAUGGAGGAGGAGUGGCAGGCCUUGCAGUCAGUGAAUGUGAGCCUGCCCUCCCUCAGGAGAAAGGCGGCGCUGUCACAGGUGUUGGAGGACCCCGAUGAACUAGCAGUACUGGAGGAAAUCCAACAAGAGUUGAUCUCACAAGAACAGUUGACAAUAGAAGAAUAUGAACGGAGUCUGCAGUUCGACCAGGAGUGCCUCAAUGCAAUGCUUGACGGCUUGGACACAGGCAACAAGAUUAUCUGUCCAGUGUGUAAAAGGAAUAACCUGACUGUGAUGAGUCAUUUGGUUUUAUGCCAGUGUGGAUUACACAUCAGCACACAGGGUAUGACAGAACAGAAGCUCCGGUCACUUCUAGAAGACAGUGUAACAGAACAUUGUCAUCAGUGUCUUCACAAUCCUGAGUUCUCCAUCACUAGUGGAAUGGAGGGAGAAACCAAUCUUCUCAUGAGCUGUCCGGUCUGUGACUCUUGGACAGUCCUCCUGUAACUUCAACCCUGCUGGGGUUUCUCCAUGGAAAGAAUACACUAAGUGAAAUGGUGCCAUGAAUCCUGAGAAGACACAGGGCAAGCUACAAUGGCAGAGUAUACCACAUUGCUCUACAGGAUGGAAAAAUAAAGUGACUUCAAAGCUUUUGUAAUCUCCACUUGGCCUGGAUGACAGCACAAAGUGACACUGGGAAGCAGUACUAAGUUAAUAGCUUUUCAUUAACACAACAUCUAUCAUGGACAAGACGUGCUUACCCUGCUUCACUGGAAUUUAAACUAAGUCCUUAUAUUCACUGACAAGAUCAAAUAUCAGCUCAGCAAAAAAACCCAUCUCACGCUUACCUCUCACCAGCUAUUUUCCGCAACAAUUUGGCUUCAGUGCCAUGCACUUCUAGCUCCCACCCUCCAGACAUCUUGGGCAGGGAUUUAUUUUUCUGGAUCUUCUUCUCCUCUUUAAUUUCAUCUAUCAGAAACUCUGCAAAUGCUUUGUCCCCUGGGAGGAAUAAAAAGAGAUGAAGAUAUUAAAACACCUGAGUUAGAGAAAUAUUGUUCCCUAGUGGCUAGAAGAGAAAACGAAGUUAGGCCUCCAGGAUUCUAUUUCUAGUUUAGUCACUGACUUGACCAAAUACCGUCUGUGUACCUCAGUUUAUCCUGGUAUAAAAUGGUGAUGGUGGGGAGGUAAUACCACAUACCUUAUACUAAGAUUAAAAGGCCUACUAGUUCAUAAAAGAGUUUAUAAUGUUCAGCUGAAAAGCACUAUAUU